AUGGAAAAUGCAACAUAUUUUUACUUCAUGUUGUUUGAAAACAUUGGAUAUAUAAAAUAUGCGUUAUUUAUUUUGGGAUUUAUUCUGUAUUGUGCUAUAAUAUUUUUUAAUGUUCUUAUUAUUCUUGCAAUAUUGCUGGAAAGGACAUUACACCAGCCCAUGUACAUUCUGAUUUCAUGUUUGUCUGUUAACUCUGUAUUUGGUACAGCUGCCUUUUUCCCAAGAGUACUGACAGACUUAUUGUCUGAUAUACACUCAAUCUCCCAUGAAGUAUGUAUCUUUCAGUCUUUUGUGAUUUUUACAUAUGCAGCAAAUGAGUAUACAAUAUUAAUGUUAAUGGCAUUUGACAGAUUUACAGCAAUCUGUAAACCUUUACAAUAUCACAACAUAAUUACACCAAAGUUUCUAACUAUUUUAAUUGUUAUAAAUUUGAGUUAUCCAAUGAUUUUGCUUGGUAUUUCUGGUCUUUUAACACUGAAACUGAAAAUAUGUGGAAACAAACUGUUUAAGGUAUACUGUCACAGUUAUGAAAUAGCUAAGCUUUCAUGUGAAAACACUAUAAUUAAUAAUGUUUUUGGUAUGUUCAUAAUAAUUGUAACUUCUGUCAUCCCUUUAAGCUUGAUAUUCUACUCUUAUAUAAAAAUUCUUAUCAUUUGUCAAAGAAGCUCCUCACAAUUCAAAGGCAAAGCCUAUCAAACAUGUAUUCCACAUAUAGUGGUCCUUUUGAAUUUCUCUGUUGCAGUUAUUUCUGAUGUCACUUUGAGUCGGGUUGUGACUUUAAAUCUUCCUGUAGGGUUGUCAGUUUUUCUUUCACUGGAGUUUCUUAUCAUACCACCCAUCCUCAACCCACUUGUUUAUGCUUUAAACCUGCCUGAUAUUCGCAAAAAAAUAAGUUGCCUCAUAAACCCAUUCAAGCAGAUGCCUUAA